AUUCUGUGGCCCGUCACUCGGCUUUACAUUAGGAUGGAUAAAGAAAUGAACCAACCCAGAACGCCAGCAUCGAGAAGCGGCAAGGAGCUAAGUCGUAUCAUCGACUCCAUAAACGACCAAUUCUCUCUCGAGAUUCCAAAUCCGCGGCUCUUCUCUCCUGCAGAAAAUCGGCAUGACACCCCGCAAUGGCGCAGCUACCGAGGUUUGCAGCGGCUGUAUUAUAACCGGAGUGUAGAAAUAUAUCGCGUGCUCAAUAGCUUCGAGGAAUGGGUUUGCUCACGGAAUGCCUCGAAUGUGGGUUUGAUUGGAUCGACGUUUCAGAAGAAUUCAUUGCCUGCUCUGGCGGCAGGCCUUGGAAAGAGGAAUAGGGAUGGGAAUGGGCGUGCGAUUGUCACGCAGCAUGAGAAGAAAGAGAGACUGGCUUAUUUGGUUCAGUUGAUUGAUGAUGAAUUGUACAUGGUGGAUAAGGGGUCUUUCCCACGGCUCAGGAAUUCUAGUGUUGGCGUUGAGGGUGAAGAGGAGAAAGAGGAUAAGGCCGAAUUGGUUGCGCGGCCGUUGAAGAGGAGGUUAUCUAAUGAUUUAUCCUCAGAUGAGUUUGUGACUGCGCCGAAUUCGCCGGUGAAGAAUUCUAACUCCGGGCGGGUCGGUUUGAGAGAAGCAGACAGGGUUGAUGAAAAUCCAAUCCAUAUGCACAAAACGCCCAAGACGGCGGAAAGCGCAAAGAAGGUGUCGAAAUUUUUAGAACGGUUGACGGCAGCUUCAGAUAAGGUCCGGCGUUAUGAAGCUGUGACUUCAGAGCAAGAUAAUCCAAACCUCAGCUUCUCUACCAUUGCAACAGAUCCAGUGUCUUAUGCGUUUGAUUCUCGGAAUGAGGGCCUUCAGACGUCUUUUAACUCGACUAUCACCUUUGCGACAGACCCGAUGGCAGAUUCUGAAUCCGCAUCUAAUGAUUCCGUAGAUGCAUAUAUGCUCGGUGGAGAGGCAACUCUUUCUAGGGACUCCACUGCUACUGGACGGUCACUUGGAGAGCCGCGCUACUGCGCUGAGGGAGAAAUAAUGGAAGAACUUCUCUGCAACGGGCCGUUCUCGUACGAGCAGUCGUUACCGGCCUCGGUUCCUCUUCUAUAUCGCUAUGAACUUGAACGAAUCGGCAGAGCCUGGGGAGUUGAUUUGAAACAGAUGCUGGUUGGGGACAGCAUUUCUUUUGGAUACGAUAAAUUUUGGAAAUGGAUUGAAGGUCACAAUCAACGGUAUGGGAAAUCUAUACCGGAGAAACCAUCCCGUAAAGCUUGGGAUGCUGCUUCUGGAACCUUCAAAACCAGUAAGCACUCAGAGGUGGUUGUCCUGACCGGAGACCUCGACUGGUGCUCCGAAUCUGAAAAGGGUAUUCUGAAAAUGAAACUGAACCCCUUGAAGACAGAGAGAAGUUGUCGGUUCCAUCGCCGUUUUGGAUCCGACAGGUUCCUCAGCCUAACCAUACCCGCUCCCUCGCGGCCACCUAACUAUCUUCGGCUCCCAGACCACCCUGCUCUUCUGCGCGAAGGUAUAGCACUGUGGCUGACUCGGAACGUUCAUCGCUUCCUGGGAAGGAUGUGGAAACCGUUCUUUGUGGAAGAUGCCAAGUCAAAGACGAAGACCAAAGCAGAGCCAAGGUUUAGAGUCAAUUUCUUCGCAAUUGACGGCAUUGACUUUAGUCACCAAUUUCACGCCUCCAACCGUUUAGUCCCGCCCACGCAUGAGACUGCUGAAAGUCAUACUCGUAUGACUUUGGAAUCUCUUGUCAAGUGGCACAUGUCCCCAACUGCAAACGUUGAGCAGACAAACCUCAAGCUAUUCCAACGAAUGUCAAUCGGCCUCUCAAAAACGUUCGCUACGGUUGUUUUAAAACCAAAGCAGAUUCUCUAUUUGAGAGAUGUCCCCAACACCCGCGUCAUGAAUGACGGCUGCGCUUUGAUGUCCAGACAACUUGCAAAUAAAAUUUGUGACUCUCUUGGAAUAUCUGGAAACACUCCUAGCGGUUUCCAAGGGAGAAUUGCCGGUGCCAAAGGACUGUGGAUGGUAGACACACACCAGUCACAAAUCUCAGCCGAUGGCGACAAUGUCUGGAUCCAAAUCUCUGAUUCACAAUUAAAAAUCAAACCACACCCGCGGGAGUGGCAGGGAUCAGUAGAUGACGAACAGCUGACAUUUGAGGUGGUGAAAUGGUCCAAGCCGUUACACCCUGUAGAUCUAAAUACCCAGCUUUUAGCAAUUCUGGAUCAUGGAGGACAUGUGAAGGGCUACAUUGCCGAUCUUGCUCGUCUUGGUAUCCAAACUGCAGCACAGGGGUUUGAAGAGGUUCUGAAGGCCAACAGUCCUAUUGUUUGUCGCAGUCUUGCCCAGAAGCUUAAGCCAACGGCCGAUAGCGGGGCUGGCUUUAUGCUACAGAGUGUGAGACGGUUAGAGCAGUGGCCCACUGAUGAUGUUGAGACCAUAAUUCGAUUCUCGGAGGCUGGCUUUUCACCCCGGAGCUUUUAUCCUCUGCGCAAGCGGCUCAGACGGUGUCUGGAGACCCUACUGAAACGUUAUGUAGAAGAAUUGCACAUCGAAGUGCCCUUAUCCACAUAUGCAUUUUGCAUUGCGGAUCCGUACGGGGUGUUGAAGGAGGACGAAGUUCACUUUGGGCUUUCCACCAACUGGCGAGACGACAACGGCCAGUUUGAAGAUAACCUGUUGGACGGAAUGGACGUCCUUGUUGGCCGUCUCCCUGCCCAUUUGCCGUCUGACAUUCAGCGCCGAAAGGCUGUGUGGAAGCCGGAGCUCCGUCACUUUAAAGACGUCAUUGUAUUUCCUACCACAGGGGAAAUCCCGUUGGCUGAUAUGCUCUCAGGUGGUGACUAUGACGGGGAUACACCCUGGAUCUGCUGGGACCAGAACAUUGUCGGCAAAUUUCAAAACUCCAGCCCGCCGGGUGGGAUCGAGAACUACCCGCCAGAGUAUUUCGGUCUCACCAGGCAUUCUGUUCCAAUGAGAGAAAUCCAGUCAACAGACGAAUUUCUCGAAAGCUCAUUUGCAUUCAACCUAACGCUGUCGAAUUUAGGACGGUGCACGGUGGAGCACGAAAAGCUAUCCUAUGACGAAUCGAUUGACUCGAGAAAGGCCAUAGAACUCUCCUACCUACUUAGCCAUCUAGUCGACGGCCGCAAGGGGGGCGUAACGCUGUCGGAGAUAGCCUGGCAGCAGUACCGCAAGCAAAUCAGCCCCAUACAGCGUGAGCUACCAGCCUAUAAAAACCCCCAGCGAAAACACAACAGAAACAAUAUUAUCGAUUUCAUUCGGUUCGAGGUCGCACAGCCUAAGCAAAAGGAGGUCCUAAGGCAGUUGGAGAAAGACUUUCCCGAAACAGAGAGUGCACACCAGAGAGACGAAGACCUUCUUCGGCCUUGGAAAGAGGCCCAAGAAGCAGCCGCAAUAGACAGGAACCAAGGCGGCGGCGGGUCUCUGCAUAGGGUCCUUAAGGAAACCGCAAGGGAAAUAGAUGAUCUCUAUUUCCGCUGGUGCCGUCUACAUUCCCGACCUGACGGCUCUUUCUCCCCGCGUUGUCUAGAGGCGGCCGACCAGGCCCGAACCAUUCCACCCCCGACACUGACUGUCGGAACGCACCCCCUAAUUCACAUAUGGCAGCAUAGCCAACCCGCCUGGUUCGAACUGAUGGCGUCGUAUACGUACCGAAAAUAUCCCCAGUCAAGUUUUGUUAUCCGUGCAUUUGGCGAAACCCUCUGUCAGAUUAAGUCUAGGGAUCUCUCAUCUCGGACCGUCACACAUGAAAUCCUUGCAUGCUACCGAGUCAACCAGAAGGUCAUUGCACGAUUGAGAACCCAGGAUGCUGGGGACGAGGAAUUCAAUGAGGAAAUGGAUAGCUACGAAGGAUAUGAAGCGAUUGAGGCGAUGCUGUACGGGGCCCAGGGGCGUGGAGGGUACUAUGACCCCGAUGAUUCAUUGUCUGUAGAAUAAAUAUCGACAUGUUUUAGCAUACAUGUAUUGAGAGCUUGGGUAAAUAUUGAUGAUUUAUACG